AUGGUGGAAGCAAUAAAGAGGGUUGGAGUUUCCUCAGAGGAGAAUGUGAAACAAAUGGAGAAAUUUAUAGACAGCUCUGGUUUGGGACCUGAGACGUGCCUCCUUCAAGCUCUGUUGGAGAACCCACCAAAAUUACGUCUGGUUAAGGCAAGGAAGGAGAUAGAGACUGUGUUUUUCGGAGCUAUUGAUGAACUUCUGGGGAAAACAUGGGUCCAGCCAAAUGAGAUAGGAAUCCUUGUUGUGAAUAGUAGUAAGUUUUGUCCCACGCCAUCUCUCUGUGACAUGAUUGUGAAUCGAGAUAAACUUUAG